AUGUGGCGGCCUGCGCUGGAGAUUUGGGCACGAAAACUUCUCCCUGUCCCUUGGCUUCUGGGUGGUUCCAGAAGAUGCGUCUCCUCCAACUUCAAGGCUGCAGACCUGCAGCUGGAAAGGACACAGAAGCCUCAAAAGAAGCCCAGCCCCAGCGAGCCCCUGCUGUUUGGAAGGACGUUCACUGACCACAUGCUGAUGGUGGAAUGGACCCAGUCUGGGGGCUGGAGCCAGCCCCGAAUCAAGCCCUUCCAGAACCUCUCGCUGCACCCGGCCUGCUCGGGCCUCCACUACUCCCUGCAGCUCUUUGAGGGCAUGAAGGCUUUCAGAGGCCAGGACCAGAGGAUACGCCUCUUCCGACCCUGGCUCAACAUGGACCGGAUGCUGCGCUCCGCCCAGCGCCUCUGCCUGCCGAGUUUCGACAAGCGCGAGUUGCUGGAAUGCAUCCGACGGCUAAUCGAAGUGGACCAGGCCUGGGUUCCCGAGGCCAAGGGCACCAGCCUCUACGUGCGGCCCGUGCUCAUCGGGAACGAGCCCUCCCUGGGUGUCGGCAAUUCCACCAACGCCCUGCUGUAUGUCAUCCUGUGCCCCGUGGGCUCCUACUUCCCUGGAGACGCCGUGACCCCCGUCUCCCUCCUGGCCGACCCCGCCUUCGUGCGGGCCUGGAUGGGUGGGGUUGGCGACUGCAAGCUGGGGGGGAAUUACGGGCCCACCGUGUUCGUACAGCAGGAGGCGAGGAACAGGGGCUGCGAGCAAGUCCUCUGGCUGUACGGGCCGGACCACCAGCUCACCGAGGUGGGCACCAUGAACAUCUUCGUCUACUGGACCCACGAGGAUGGGGUGCUGGAGCUGGUGACCCCCCCACUGGACGGUGUCAUCCUGCCUGGAGUCCUCAGACAGAGCGUGCUGGACCUGACUCAGACCUGGGGCGAGUUCCGGGUCUCCCAGAGGAAGGUCACCAUGAAAGAGCUGCUGCGGGCGCUGGAGGAGGGGCGGGUGCGUGAAGUCUUUGGCUCAGGCACGGCUUGCCAGGUCUGCCCGGUGCACCAGAUCCUGUACCAGGGCCAGCAACUUCUCAUUCCCACCAUGGAAAACGGGCCUGAGCUGAUUCUCCGCCUGCAGAUGGAGCUGAAGGCCAUUCAGUACGGAACGAGCGCUCACAAAUGGAUGCUCCCGGUCUGACCUGCGGACCGGGCCCCACCACCUUCGAACCCGUCGCCCCGCCGACGCGUGCAGCGUUUGACUCUCCAGCCCCCUCGUCCUCACACCUGAAAGUGCAAUAGGGAAGGAAAAGGCCAGGUGCCCGAUGCCUGAAUCUCGGGCGCCCCCACGUGGUUGCUACACCCCAAAGCCAUAAAGGGCCAGGCCCAGGCGUUCUGGCCACCCGCCUCGCCUCGCCUCCGGGGCCCGGGGGAAUCGGAUCCCCCAGCGCUGUCCCAGGGGCGUGCGCUCAAGACUCCGCCUCUCUCCGUUCCCUGGCGGGAACUCCCGGUGCUGCCGUUGAUUUGAAUUGUCCUUGCUGCAAUUUUGAAAUAAAAUGCCAAAGAUCAAGACGUGCA